AUACUACAAACGGUCAAACACAAGAGAACAUAAUAAACCGGACGCAGUUUGGUCAGAAAACCACUGUCGACCCAAACAAACAGCGGUUCGAACUUCGAAGCAAACAGAGAAAGAGCUAUCAAAUUACCAGCUCUGAGCUCUCCUGGUCUUAUUCUGUGGGAGACGGGUAUCGAACUCGGAAGUUCGAUGAUGGAGAAUCUUCCUCAAUCGCUCUCUCUAAACCUUCCUUUUGCGAACCCAAAUGCUUCUUCUGCUAACCCCAGCGCUGCUCUGCUUAAGAAACACCGUAAAAUGGCUUCGGCCGAGCAGUUGGUGAUCGAUCUAAACAACCCUGAUCUCAGAGAAAAUGCUCUUCACGAGCUCUCAAAGAAGAGAGAAAUAUUUCAAGAUUUGGCCCCAUUGCUGUGGAACACACCUGGUGCUAUUGCUGCACUCUUACAGGAGAUAGUCUCCAUAUACACCUUCCUGUCACCGCCAACUCUUACACCUGCUGCAUCAAAUCGAGUUUGCAAUGCACUUGCUCUUCUGCAGUGUGUGGCUUCUCACCCAGACACAAGGACACUAUUCCUGAAUGCACAUAUUCCUUUGUACCUGUAUCCUUUCCUCAACACCACAAGCAAGACACGACCUUUUGAAUAUUUGAGGCUUACAAGCUUGGGUGUUAUUGGUGCACUUGUAAAGGUUGAUGAUACAGAAGUCAUUAGUUUCCUUCUCUCAACUGAAAUAAUUCCUUUGUGUCUGCGCACCAUGGAGAUGGGUAGUGAACUUUCGAAAACAGUUGCUACAUUUAUUGUUCAAAAAAUUCUAUUGGAUGAUGUGGGCCUACAUUAUAUCUGUGCUACGGCAGAGCGGUUUUUUGCAGUGGCUCGUGUUUUGGGAAGCAUGGUUAACUCACUUGCUGAACAACCUUCAUCCCGGCUACUGAAGCAUAUUGUUCGGUGUUAUCUUAGGCUGACAGAUAAUUCAAGAGCUUGUGAAGCAUUAAAAACUUGCCUUCCUGAAAUAUUAAGAGAUACAACCUUCAAUAGUUGCCUUCGUGAAGACCCAACUACCAAGAGGUGGCUGCAACAGCUGAUUAAUAAUGUGACAUUAGGAAGCCGGGCUACAGCAUUUCUGGCCGGGGUAGGAUUCGAGCAUAUUCUGGGAAACUAAACAAGGUUAUUAGCAUUCUCUAACUGCAUAUUGUUUUGCUUCACGUGGAGUUCAAGUGUGUUAUCUAUACAAGCAAUGAAGUACCACAGAGAAAUCCAAUGAUUUUGUCAAUUUAUCUCUUUGUAAAAUAUCGUCUGAAACGUGUAGUCCUGUAAAAUAUCAUUUCUGAUCAUUUUAGAUAUGAAUUAUUUGAAAAAGGAUAAGUGUAAUGCCAAAGGCCAAAAAUUGGAAACUGUAAAAAGUUAGAAAUAUGGGGAUCAAAUACACUAUAUAAUUAGUUCUUUUCUUGCAUUC